AUAAUCUAAGAAAAGAAUCCUAAUUGGAUAAUUUCUUUUCCUAACGAUUUUCUUAUUAAAAAAAUCCAUAUUAUGAAAAAUAGGGAAAAAAAGUAACAUUAGGAAAUAAAUAUUCGAUCAUGCCUGUGUUCUGAAAGUGAAGAUCUCAUUUUUAACUCUCAUGUUAGAUUCAUUUAACAUUCAUUAUUUAUUCCGUAAUGAAAUCGCAUCACUCAUCAGCAUUUGAGCAGAACGUAUAAUAAUAAUUUAUUCUUGAUGAGAACGAACGGGAGAAAUAUAUACAUACUUUCUCGUAACAUGUUUUAAUAUAAUCUCACACACAAAAGAAUCAGAGAAGAUUGAACAGUAAUCAUAUAGAUUCCAAAGGAAUUAAAUAGAAAGGCCAAAAGAAAUAAUUUCACGCUAUUGUUAUUUUCCACGCAAUGUCGACAAAACUCGUGUUCAUUAACUUGAAAUAGUCGCACUUCCAUUGGAAUCUUCUCAGUCAAAAUGUAGACUUCACGAAAACAGCAUCUUUUUUUAUUGCAAGAAAACUGCUCUGUGAUUUUUGUGUUUAAAAACUUAAGUGCCUACUGGACAUAUUUAAUUUGAUAAUUAAAAAAAAACUAUUUGUGUCGAGAGUUUUUUUUAGGAUUUAAUUGUGAAAAGAUUUUUUUUGGACAAUGUUACUUAAAUCUUAACAUGAGAGUUUUUAAGUUUUCAGUGAUUGUGAUUUUGUAGGGAAUUUCAGCUUAAUUCAGACAAAAUGAGGAUCUUUUGGUUUAUAGCCACUGAAGCCUUUCUACUUUCCAUUGUUUUUGCAAAAACCGAGGAUCCAAAAAGACUCGAGGACUUGACGACCAAAGAAUCAAUUUCAUCAUCAAAGGUGAAUUCCUCAGGAGAGGAAACAUUUUCAAAUCAACAAACUCAAGAUACGGAAAAAAUACGAAAUGUUCGACACACGGAAAAUAUUUUAUCGCCAAUUUUUGCCGAUCCUCAUUGGCCCACAAUUGAGAGUCCAAUUUUUUUCGACACCUCACUGCAAGAUAAAGAAAAAACUAAACUCGUUCUCAUUGAACCUUUCUUUCGUGCGAAAAAAGUGGAAAAAGGUUUUUGGGGCUGGUUGAAGAAAAUUUUCGGCGACAAUAAUAAGGAUAAGGAGAAAAUUGGUCAGGGACCUUUAAUUGGUCCUGUUAAAGUUCCAGGAAUGGGUGAUAAUGUCUAUAUAAGAGCAGCGGAUUCGGAAAAUGAAGCCAAUCAUGUUGUUAUUCAUUUGAUGAUAAAAAAUCCCUUGGAGAAGGAAAUAAAAUUCGAGAGUCAUUUGCCAUUGAUUAAUUUUGACACUAUUCAUGAAUUGCCUGGGGAAAGUUCGAGUUAUCAAACUAUUGUAUCGCCUCAUUUUUCCCACGAGGGUCUCUUUGAUAAAUCUCAUUUUCCAGGUGUUGUUGCCACAGAAUGGUCGUCUGUUCCAUCAUCAUCGAUUCACAUUCCAUCGGUGAAGGAGAAUUUUUACGCCAAUCCAAGUUUCUUCCGUAAACAUUCGACUGUGAGUGAGGGUUCUGAAUUAUCCGCUACUCCGACGAAAGAAGUCGACGAGGCUCAGCAAUUCACAGCCUGGGCUCAAACGCAACAAUAUGGUUCGCCUGGGGAGAAUUACGGAAAUCUCGGACAGGUUUCUUUCUAUGGAUCAGAAGACAAUCGUCAAUUUUCGUCAGCUCGUGAGGAUAUCAAUAAUCUUCAGAGAACGCAAAAUUCUGGUUUGGAAAUCUCUGAAAAUAAAGAAACACUGCCGCUCUAUCCACCACUAUUUAAUUCAUCCUUCGGACUGGAUAAUUCAAACAACAAAAAUAUGAUCUACGUGACAAAUAAUCGUGACACCGGCAAUCAGAAAUCCUCAUCUGGACCAAAAAGAGAAUCACAACCGUAUCCCGGACUAGGCGCCUAUAAAACCGAAUUUAAAAUUCCUACACUAUUGGAAAAUAUUACACAUUCAUUUCCUCAAGAGGAAUUUAUUUCCCAAGUUGGAAUUCAAGAAGUUGAAGCACCAAAUCUCACUCAAGCUGAAAAUAGAGGAAUCUAUCAAUUCCAAGAAAUUGACAACGACAAAUUGAAAAUUGAAAAUUCGAAAAAAAUUCGCAACAGUCAAUCGUCAGAUUAUGGAAAUUAUGGUUUAACGGAUUCUAAUAAUUCAAAUGAUACAAUUGAUUCAAAUUCGAGUACAAAUGAAACUGACGAAGCCCUAAAGACAAUUUCCGCCUCCUACCCCUGGGAAUAUCAAAUCCCAAGGGAUAAAUUCACAACUUUAAAACCAAAUAUUUCCCAAAUUAAUUCGAAAUCUAAACAUUCAAUCGAUGACGUGAAGAAAAAUACACGAUUCAGAAGUAGAAAUAGAAAUCGAAAUCGUGGAGCACCAAAUCAGGAAGAAAAAGAAAAUUUCCAGAGUAAAAUUAAAAAGGAAAUUAAGGAAUUUUCCGAGAAUGGAAAAAUUGAAGAAGAAAAAAAGGAGGAUGAAUUAGAGAAGCCAUUGACAGCGGAGAAAGUUAAGGAAUUUUUCAUUAAGGAAUCGAAACGAUUUGAAGAAGUGCUAAAGACAGUUGAGAACGAAUCAAAAGCAAUCGAGGAGGAAACAAAAGAAGUAACUUCAGAAAGUAAGAGUGAUAAAAAUGAAUCGAAAAUUGAAUCAGAAAAAGUUGAGGAUGAUCAAAACCAAGAGUCGAAAACUGACAAAAAAGAGUCAGAAUCGAGAGAAUUGGAAAACAAAAAAGAAAACGAGGAAAAAAAGGAAAAAAAGGAAGAGGAGGAAAAUAAAGAAAAACUGGCAAUUGAAGAAAACUCCAAAAUUAUUAAAGAAGAACUAGACGCCGUAAAAAAAGAUCUAAAGGCCGUGAAACAAGAAUUAGAAAUAUCUCGGGAAAAAUUAAAAAACAAAAAUACUUUUCCCUCCAACGGGGAAAUAUCACAAAACAAUACAACGAAUGAACAAACAAAAGAUUUAAAAGUUAACACCGAAAAUCUAAAUCUAAAUCAAAAAUUAAAAUCCAUGAGAAAAAUUCCAAAAAUAGAAGAGAAGACGAAAUCGACGAAAAAAGAGACAAUAUCGGAUAAAUUAAAAAACUUGGAAGACGAUAUACCACUGAAAAUGUUAUUCAACACAAGGGAAAAAUUACCCCAAGAAAAGGAGAUCAGCGAAAUAAAAGAGGACGAGGAGCACAAAGAAAGGGAAAAAAUAAAUCAAAGCACAGACGCACCAGAAACUGUUAAUAAUUCAAGAUUUAGAAAAAUAAACCGAGAGAUGAAAAAAUACAAUAAAACGAAUAGAUUUGACCUGAAAAAACCAAAGAUUUCCAUUCUUGAUCCACGAUUUAAAAAUAAAUUACAAAAUAGAACCAUUGCAGAAAAGGCAAAUAAUUCUACAGGAAAAAUUGAAAUUUCUUCAAUAAUAACAACAACACCACGAUCGCAUAUUACGAGAAUCUAUGGAAAAAAUCGAGCGGCCGAAAAAUUGAAAUUAAAAGCGAAAAAAGAGAAGAUUGCCGAAUCUGAGGAGAAUAAGAAAAAUAAUAACAAUUCAAAGGAGAGUUUAUUGAAACUGGAAAAACCGAAAAUACGAAUUUCUAAAUUUACACCAAGAACAAGAAAUUUUAAAGCCAAAGCAACGAACUCUUCGGAUGAGAUAAAAACUGAGAAGUAAGGCAGAAAAAUAAAAAAAGAAAUAGAUAAAUAAAAAUUUAGCGUUUGUAAUUAAAUUUAAUAAUUAGUAUUAAUUAUUUCCCUUAGAAAAAUAAUUAAUGCUAAAU